UGCCUCUUGCGAAUCUUGUUCUCUCUCUUUGGCCGUCAAUAUCGCAUCGCAUUGGUUCAGCCAACCGGAAAGCAUGACUUUUGUGCAAGUGAAGCUAGCCACCCACGUCUUUGUUCCUAGCCACCAAGGAUUCUUUUGUUGAUUGACAUUAGUUGGAACAAUUUCAAUGAUGAAAAAGAUUAUGUUUGUACAAGUAAUAUCAACGUGUUUAGCAGGAAAGCUAGAAAAUUAACAGAGCGGAAAGAGCAAAAAGCAUGAACAGGAGCUGAGGAAAGGGCAGAGAAUAACCUUACUAUCUUGACAAGUUUUUUUGACAGGAAGUAGUAAAGAAAGCUAAAGCUAAAUUCUUAGCAACGAUCUCUGCUUAUCUCCUCCAUCUUUUAUCAUCUCAUAUGGAAAAUGGGAAGGAACAAUCAACUGCGAGAAAGAAGAGCACCAUAUUAGUUGGACCAUGGGGAGGGAAUGGAGGGAAUAGCUGGGAUGAUGGGAUCUACCAUGGAGUAAGAGAAAUCACUAUUGUUUAUGAUCAAUGCAUCGACUCGAUCCAGGUUGUGUAUGACAAGAAUGGCAAGACUAUCACAGCAGAAAACCAUGGAGGUGUUGGAGGCAGUAGAACAGCUGAGAUUAAGUUGCGAUAUCCGGAGGAGUACUUAACCAGUGUGAGUGGCCAUUACUGCCCAGUAGUCUAUGGUGGCAGUCCUGUGAUUCGAUCAUUAACUUUCAGCAGCAACAAAAGAACAUUUGGACCAUUUGGAGUUGAAGAAGGAACGCCAUUUACACUUUCAAUGGAUGGAGCAUCGAUUGUAGGCUUUAAGGGUAGAAGUGGAUGGUAUCUUGAUGCCAUUGGGUUUCGUUUAUCUCGUAUUCAAUCCACCAAAGUUCUCAAAAAAUUUCAACAAAAGCUUCGAAGGCUCACCAGUACGGUUUCAAAGUCCUCUGCCUCCAAGGAUGCUGAAAAAACCUAUUGAAGGUGGUGACCAAGCUUUGUGUGGGCUGUUUUAGUCAAACCUCGUGUUCGAAUAUUAUUUGCUCAUGUUAAUUAGAAUUGUUCUUAAACAGUAAUCGAACGUUGUUCUUCUUCUUCUUCUUGUAUUAUUAUGAUUAUUAUUGAAUAAGGAGGAUAUAUGCCUCAGAUGGAUCAUGCAGGAAGCUUUAGCAGAAACACUGUUAGAGCUACGCCUAAGAAAAUGUUUGGUUGUACCAGAGGAAUUGCUUGAUAUAAAUACCAUAACUUUUCUAUAUAACAAAUUGUUUGAUAGGGCUCA